GUUGUCUGCAGCUCAAGUCCGUCCAGAAGUGUUGCUGUCUGGGAAGCUGCGGUUAUCUGCCGUGUUAAGGUUUGAUGCGAGGGAUUGACGGGUUGUGAAUGGUGCACCAGCUAUCGCCAGGCGUCAGCACGACCGGGCGGCGGUGGGCGGCUUGCUGCGGGCGGCGGCAGGCGGCUUGCUGCGGGCGUCGGCAGGCGGCUUGCAGUUGGUGGGCGGCUUGGAGCCGUCGUGUGAUCGCUGUCAUGGCUGUGAAUGUCUUAAUGCCACUGCUCAUUCCCCUGGGCGAGCAGAUCACCAAUGUGACGCAGCUGACUGGGGUUGGCAACCUUGCCUUCUCUCAGCCUUCCUACCAAGUCUUCGUCAAGGAGAACACAGCGCCAGUGUUGCUGCUCACCCUCCACGCUGCCUCCAACACCACCAGCGUGGGCGUGGUGUACGGCGUGGUGGCAGGGGCGGCGGGCGGCCUCUUCACUGUGGGCGGUUACACUGGCCAAGUCACCCUCACCACACCCUUGGACUACGAGACCAAACACACAUACGAGAUGAUAGUGAGCGCGCAGGCUGGGGAGGAGAGAGCGUUCGCGCGCGUGCUGGUGCGCGUCAGAGAUGUCAACGAUCUGACACCCAGCUUCUCCAGGCCCUUGGUGGAGACUCAGAUCACCGAGGAGGAUGACAGACACCUUCCCAAACCCAUACUGCAGGUGUCGGCGACGGACGGGGACGCAAGUGACGCGGGUCGACUGAUCUACACACUGACGGGUGAUGGUGUCGACACCACCAACGACACCAACACCAGCUUCUCCAUCAGUCGUUCUUCAGGUCAUCUCCACCUCUUACAGGUAGGUGAGGCGCCCAGGACCCGGGAAGCACCUACGGGUCUGCUUGCUGGGAGCUGAGAUCACAGUACGGACGGUCUCCACACAGCAACCCAACGUACACGUCAAUGUAGGGACAUCAACGACAACGCUCCCUUCUUCCCUAACCUCACCAUCAAUGCCAAAGGUCCUGAAAACGACAGAGCAGCUGGGACAGAGGUUACACGAGUGGAAGCCACAGACUACGAUGACCCACUGGAGGGCACCAACGCAGUACUCACCUACUCCGUGGAAAAAAACGUCAUCGACGAACACACAGGUCAACCCAUCUUCACCAUCGACGCUCACACUGGCAGAAUCAGCACUGCGUUGUGUUGCCUGGACCGGGAACGGACGCCCUUCUACGCUAUUCAGGUGGUGGCCUCUGACGGCGGCGGUCUCAAGGAUGGCGAGGUACCAUCCUGGAGUAAUUCUGAGACUUCAUGGAGACUUCAGUCGUGCAGAGUAAUGCUUGACGUCAGUGAUCACUUGAACACUGUGAACAUUGAUGGAUACAACACUGCAUUGCUGACAUUUAUGAAGAAAAAAGACACGUGCAGAAUCCUGGCGGACAGUGGGUACGGCUGGGAGAGGUUCCGACUGGUGGGUUCCGACCAGGGUAGCGGUGCUCUGCAGGCAGUGAAGAGCCUAGACUACGAGGAUCCCAUCCAGCGGCAGGGCUUCCGCUUCAAGGUUCAAGUCUCAGACAAGGCGGCUGGCCGGUGGGAAGAGGAGGAACACAUGGACACAACAUGGGUGGUUGUGGCGCUGCUGGACGAUAACGACAACGCUCCAGACCUCUCCACCCACACCUCUCACCUCACACUCUCUGAGGACACACCCAUCGGUCACUCACUGGCCACCUUCACCGCCACCGACAAAGACCAGGAGGGUAAGGACGAGGUGCGUUACACCAUCGACCCCAGCAGCGACCCCUUCAGACUUUUCGCCGUGGACUCUACGGGUCAAGUGCACCUUCGUCGCCAGCUGGACCGCGAGGCAGCAGAGCGUCACGUGGUCCACAUACUGGCAGUGGACAGUGGCGUGCCUGCCCGUACCUCCACCGCUACUCUUCUGCUCACCGUCACCGACGUCAACGAUAACGCUCCUAACGUAGCUAAUCCGAAUACGCUAUACGUGCUGGAGAACAGCGGACCACGACACGUGGGUGACCUCAAGUUGGAUGAUGCCGACGACUGGUCGCUGGGGCACGGCCCACCCUUCACUGUCAAGCUGGCCGACGACGCUCCAGCCACCAUCAAGGAGACCUUUGCUGUCGAUUUUGACGAGAAGGGUGACGAGGGGCGUGGGGUGGUGGUGGUGACGUCCCUGGGACCGCUGGAUAGGGAGGAGGCAGUGACGCGGUUCCUGCCUCUAGUGCUGGGUGACGCCCGCAGUCUCAUAGCCACUGCCACCAUCACUGUCACUGUUGCAGAUCUCAACGACAACCCCAUGAGACCCGCCAACAAGACCGUCAGUGUCACCAGGUUCAGGGACGAGGACAUGCCUAUCCCCGUGGGUCGUGUGUACGUGGAAGACGAGGACGACUGGGAUGCCAAGGACAAGACGUGGGCUUGGGCCCAGGGAGAGCCUGGACACCCGCUGUUCACCCUGGACGCCCACUCUGGCUACGUCACCAUGGGCGGACACGCCCCUGACGGAAGGUACGAGCUUGGCUUCGUAGUGAGUGACAGCAUCCAGGGCCAGAGUGGUGUAGCGGCCAACGUCACCGUCACCGUCACCAGUGUCGGCCGUGACGUGGUUCCCUGCGCCGUCCCAGCGUACGUCACCAGCCACGACCCCCGCGCCCUCAUCACCACUCGUCAGCAUGAAGGCAAGACCCCACUAGAAGCUCUGACAGCGGCAGUGAAGCGGGUGGCUGGAGUGGGCGUGAGUGUGCUGUCCCUGGAGGGGCGUGUUGCACCGCUCACCAGCAGUAGCAGGGAGGGUGCCAGGGUGUGGUUCACAGCCAGUUCCCGGCAACCUCUCGACCAGCUCCUCCUCCUGCACCGCCGCCAGAUCUCCAGCGACUCCGGAGUGAAUGUGUCAAACGUUGGCGUGGGUGUGUGUGUGGGUGUUGGUGGGGGCGAGCACUCUGUGGGUGGGAGUGUGUGGGUGGUGGACGCUAACAGGACGGCUCUAGUAACACCGCGUCUGCAGCUCUCUGACAGUGGGUGCAGCUGUCACACCUACCACCCUCACCUGACCCACCCACGGCAGGUGACACCCAGCGCUGCCGCCCAGCCCAGCGCCGCCGCUGUCACUCAGCCUGCUUCCUGCCACCCCAACCCGUGUCUCAACGGUGGCAGGUGCAUCGCCCACACCCGCCACCCCAGGUGUGUGUGUCCACAAGACACGAGCGGGUCAGUGUGUAAACAGCUUAGCCGAUUUUUCCGGGGAAAUGGGUGGGCGUGGGCGGCACCCAUCCCGGCGUGCACGCAACUCCAUGUCACUCUGGAACUACGUACAACACGUCAGGACUGUCUCCUGCUGUACGCUGGACCGGCGGAUGAUUUAACACAGCCAGGAGCACCACUGGUCCAGGAGGAUGUAGUGAGCCUGGAGCUGGUAAGUGGUCGACCGCGGGUACUGGUUGACCUGGGCACCAGUCCCAUCCUGCUGGACCCGACACAUGCCAGCCUUGUGCCCUCCCUCGCUGACGGACGCUGGCACCGCCUUGAUCUCAUAGUGGCACUACAGAAAGUGGAGGUGAUAGUAGAUCGGUGUCAAGAGGGCGGGGAGUGUCGCCUGGCGGCUCCCCUGCCUCCCCAGGAUCAGGCACUCAGUGUGGCUGCUCCUCUACAGGUCGGGGGUCUGGCCCACGCCCUCCCUCACCACCACCAUCACCAUGGCUGGCCUACACAGCUCUCGCAACAACACUUCCAUGGCUGCAUCCGUAACCUCAGAGUUAACGGAGAGGUAAAUACCAUUUUGUGUUAGUAAACCCGUGUGGGUCAUUCAGCUCAAUUAGUAGUGAAGGCUCGAUCCUCCGAAAGAGCAAAAGCUGUGUUUUCUUAAUAUUGGCCACGCCUUCAACAACAGCAUCAUUUGAUUGUAUCCAGAUUCUAAGAUUUAAUGGAGAGAUAAACAUUGUUUUCCCCUUAUUUUACCCCAGCUCGUAGCCACAGUACUCUCGUAGAAAUACUUACAUGACGGUAUCUAUGACCUCAGUUACCAGGAAAGUCAACAAUGUAUUCCUCAUGGAAGGAUGUAGAAGGAUGCUUUGUAAUUUCCUCGGAGGGAAACUGGCCUGACGCGGCUGUCAUACGAUGCCCCAUGUUGUAGUUCUUCCAAACAGUCGCUGAGGAUACAGAAGUGCAGUCAUCGUCAAUGGCAGUAUGACUGAUUCUAGCUCUGUGGGUGGUUUGCACCCCGAUAUUGGGGGGUGCCAAUGGCAAUCCCUAAUAUCGAGGUGCCGUUGGUGCUAUGACCAUCAGGCUUCUCUUUAAAUGAUGCAUUUUUUUUCUUCGGUAACAAUAACGUCUCUUCUGAAUACUUAAAUCUUCAAUGGCUGAUGAAUAUUAAAAGAAUGAAACUUUAUUAUUGGCAUCUGUGUGAUAACUGGAGAAUGACUCUUCUGAUUAGCAUGAAAAUUUUAGCACUGGCUAAUUUGCUUGAAGAUAGAUUUGAAUUGUUAUUGAGGUGUGAAAGUCCAAAUUUGCCAGUUGUGUAUUAAAGAAAAAACUGUGAAUGAUUUUUCCUUCAAUGCUUUGAUUGUCUUCAAGUUUUCAACACUGAAGUGCCUUGCUUAAUGGAAGGUUCAAAUUAGUUUUGGACUGUAGGUUCCUAUUUGCUAAUUUUAAUAAAAAUUACAAUGCUUCUGUUUUUCAGUAUCACUUACAGGAAGGCUUAAAUUUUUAAUGGAAAUUGUUGGCUCCAAUUCACAAAUGUUUUUAUUAUAUUUUUGGCGACUCAAUUUUUUUUUAAUUUUGGAAUUCGAAGAAAUUGGGCUAUCAGCUGAACUGAGACUUUUGUAAUUACAGCUUGAUACUACACCUUAUCAUUUUUCUUAUUGGAUUCUCUUCCGCCGCCUAGGAAAUAUUAAUUUUUGUUUAUAACCUACAACAAAUUGCAAAAUAAGCUUUAGUUUAAAAAAUCAUUAUUAGUUUUACAAUGUUAUGAUCAGGUUUGUAUCCUGGAAUAGGAGAAUAGCGUGUUUUAGUUUCACUGGGAUCAAUGUAGUUUUUCCGUGAUAUAACCUGGAGUGCAACACUGCUGGACCCAGUGUACACAUAACACUGCUGGAACCAGUGUCACAUACAACACUGCUGGACCCAGUGUCACACACAACACUGCUGGACCCAGUGUCACUUACAACACUGCUGGACCCAGUGUCACACACAACACUGCUGGACCCAGUGUCACACACAACACUGCUGGACCCAGUGUCACACACAACACUGCUGGACCCAGUGUCACACACAACACUGCUGGACCCAGUGUCACACACAACACUGCUGGGCCCAGUGUCACUUACAACACCCAAAUCUACAAGUCUUUAAACUCUGUAGAUAAAUGGUUCAGAGAAGCAACAAUUUGAUAAAUUAGACACAUGUGCA